AAGAGGGAAAAAUGCAGACAUGCGUGAGAAUAGUUCAUCAUCGUCUACCCGUCAGAACAGUCUUCUUACUUCGUAGUGAACCAUUGACGGACGGACGGACGUUAUUUCACUCUGGCUCCGUCAAGUUUCGACGAAAAAAGGAGGAUAAUAAAGGUCCGAUCCGAUCCUUGCCCUCUCAGCAGAAUCAGGGUUUUAAGGAUCCGUUAACACUAUUUAAACCUGUAGCUGUUAAACCCAACCCUGAUGAUAUAAACUUUGGCGAAGAACUUUCAGGUAAAUUAAACAAAGCAGCAUUAUUAAAGGAGCUGAAUCUUUUCUAUACUAAUAAGGAGGUUAAACUCCUGGCCAAGGAGCACGGUUUAGACGACUAUCUUUAUAAUCAGGUGUACUCCAGUUUUCGUAGAUUUUGUCUAGACGUUAAACAUCUUCCUACGGACCUUCAUAUUCUCUUCAGUGACAUUCUUCAGGGUGUUGUACACAAUCAUGAUAUGUUCCCGUAUUUCCUGACGCAUGCUAAGAAAGUGUUCCCGCAUUUAGACUGCAUGGAUGAGCUAAAAUUAAUUAGUGAUCUAACAAAUCCUCCAAACUGGUAUCCUGAAGCUAGAGCAAUGAAUCGUAAAAUAAUAUUCCACGCUGGUCCAACCAACUCAGGCAAAACAUAUCAUGCACUGGAGAGGUUUCUCAGCGCUAAAUCUGGGAUAUAUUGUGGACCACUUAAACUACUAGCUGUCGAGGUAUUCAAUAAAAGCAAUUUACGUGGAAUCCCAUGUGAUCUUGUGACGGGAGAAGAACGGAGAAUGAUGAACGAGGAGGGGGAGCCUGGAAGUCACGUGGCCUGUACUGUAGAGAUGAGUAAUCUAGCUCAACCAUACGAAGUGGCGGUCAUAGACGAGAUACAGGUGAUAAAGGACUACCAGAGAGGUUGGGCCUGGACUAGAGCUCUACUAGGAAUACAAGCGGAAGAAAUUCAUGUCUGCGGAGAACAGGCAGCUAUAGAUCUAGUCAGGGAGAUGAUGAUCAGUACUGGGGAGGAGGUAGAGGUCAGAAAGUACAAACGAUUAACAGAGCUGAAAAUAGAGGAGAGAAGUCUAGGAAAUUUAUCUAAAACCCAACCCGGAGAUUGUAUUGUUUGCUUCAACAAGAACGAUAUCUACAGUGUAUCCAGGGAGCUGGAGAAACUAGGGAAGGAGGUGGCAGUUAUCUACGGCAGUCUUCCACCUAAUACUAAACUUGCAAUGGCCACGAAGUUCAAUGACCCGGACGAUUCCUGCAAAAUACUUGUUGCAACAGAUGCAAUCGGGAUGGGAUUGAAUUUGAAUAUUAGACGAAUUAUUUUCUACUCCAUAAACAAGAUUCAAUUAAUGGAGAACGGAGAGAAGGAGGUAGCUCUCAUUUCGGUCUCACAGGCGUUACAAAUAGCUGGUCGAGCAGGGAGAUUUGGCACACAGUGGGAGACAGGAUAUGUUACCACUUUUAAACAAGAAGAGCUUUCACCAUUAAAGAAUUUACUGGCAAAGAGUCCGGAAGAAAUUCUUCAGGCGGGACUUCAUCCAACCUUUGAUCAGCUUGAGAUGUAUGCCUACCAUCUACCAGCAGCUAGUCUCUCCAACCUAGUCGAUAUAUUUAUAUCUCUCAGCACUUUAGACGAUUCUCUUUACGCUCUUUGUCAUCUUGACGAUUUCAAGUUCCUCGCAGAUAUAAUCGAACACAUCAGGCUUCCUCUCAAGGCAAAGUAUACCUUCUGCUGUGCUCCGAUAAACCGGAAGAUGCCGUUUGUGAACACAAUGUUUCUCAAGAUGGCGAGACAGUUCUCCAGGGGUGAACUCAUUUCAUUCGACUGGUUGUGCACUCAGGUUGGUUGGCCGUUCUCCCCUCCAGAUACCAUUCUAGAUCUGGUUCAUUUGGAAUCCAUUCAUGAUGUAUUCGAUAUUUAUCUCUGGCUCUCCUACAGAUUCUCCGACAUGUUCCCUGAUAUAGAGAUUGUCCGGGAGGUGCAGACCGAGCUAGACUCCGUCAUAGAGGAAGGAGUUCGGAAUCUAGUUUAUCUGCUCAAAAACCAGGAGAACCAUUUUAGUAAUAGAACCACAGAUCUAGACGAGGACAGCUUCGAGGUGAAGUCCCGACAAUCUAAUAAAUAUAAGAACCGUUGGACGCAUGAUGAUGCCCAACUUGCCGGCAAUAAACCCAGGUCGGAUACCUCAUUAUCUAACAACCUGGAGCACAACCAAGAUAUUCAACACGUCCCAGACUCCAGUCCCGUGUCAGAGACCAGAGAGAUCAUUAACAAAGCAAUGGUUGCUCAAGACCAAAGUAUAAUCUCAAACGACGCUAAGUUAAAGCGGAGAAAGGUCGGAAGACUAAUAAAACGUUUAAUGGAAGAGGGUGUCAUUACUAAAGAUAUGGCGAAACAAUUGAAACAAGAUUCUUGGAGACCAGACAAUUAAAUUUACAAAUUAUUAUAUUUUCAGA